CAAAGUUGAUUACUGUUCACAAUGUCAAACUUGUUUACAUCAUCCACUGCUUGCCAACUCAUCACUGGCGUCGAUUCGCAUCUCCGUUGCCAAAUUUUCAGUGCUCGCAAUUUACAUUGAAGUCCUACUUGCGUGGCAUCGGUUAUCUACAGCCUAUCAGAACUUGGCAACUCAGCGAUCAAAAACCACCCUGAUACUGAUUUAUGAACUUUGAUCGCCAAGAGAAACUUUGAUCAUUUCACCAUAAAUAAGUACGGGACACGUAACAGUUUAAUUUAUACUGAGUACAGAACAGUCGAUAAUAUGAAGAUCUUUGCAGUGAGUUUUCUUGUUAGCAUUUCCAGUGUGUUUGCACUGACGUACGAAACUGGAACGCCGUACAGAUAUAGUUAUUCUACAGAUGUUUUAUUAAAUGAACCGACAAAUGAAGGACAGUUAUCAAUAAAAUCUAGUACCGGAUUCAAAUUAGAUUCAAAUGUUCAAGUGACUUUGGUGUGGAAAAAUGAACAGAAUAUUCUAGGAAAGUUGGAGAUUCUGGAGUGUAAACUCACCAGCGCAGUGCCGAGAAACGAUGCCGAUAAUGUGUUUAGUGGUGCACCGUGCAACCAGGUUACAAAAGAUCCCAUUUAUGUACAUUUUAAAGAUUCCAAAAUAGUACAGCUGUUUGCAUCCACCGAGGAUCCAACGCCGUCUGUUAACAUUAAACGUGGAAUUGCCAGUCUCUUUCAAGUAAAUAAGAAUGGUGGACGCGAGGUUGAUGCGUCUGGCGAUUGCUUAGUACACUACAUUAAUACAGGCAAUAACGUCAUCAAAUCCAAAGACUAUACAUCGUGUAUAAAACCAGAUUCGGGAGAGUUCACCAGUCCAAGAGUAAUAUUAGGACUGAUCAGAGAUUCGGCAAUCACAACGACAUAUGUGCUAUCAGAUGAUAAAUCAAUUAUUAAAUCAGCUACAUCCGUGGAAUCACAUGUCAGCAGAGUUACUAUGAGGAAGGCAUUGUCAUCAGCCGUAUUAUCUCGACAGUCUCUCUCAUACCUCAACUCAGAGGGUGAACAGUUCACUGUUGAUGGUAACAGUUUGGAUGAAGCCAUUGCAAACUUGGGAAAUAAUUAUCUUAGUGUUUCACCAAUAACUGACUUUGUUCAACAACAUUGUACGAAGGAAUGCAGACCAGCAGCAGAGAUUGUUGCUGAGAAUCGAGAACACCUAAAGUCAGAUUAUCUCGCCAAAGUGGAAUUAUCUUCAGCUUACUUGACAGUCUUGGAAAAGUUUCGAAAUUGUGGAAAAGAAGAAAUAUUGAGCAUUUUGAUGGAUGACAACAAUCAGGAAAUUGUACCUCAGCUAAUUGACAUUGUGGCCGUAACUCAGACCAAUGCAGCUCAUGAAGCAAUGGUUGAAAUCUUGGAUUUUAAUAAUGCUGACAUGUUGGAUUUAAUAGAUCGCUAUUUGGUGUCAGUUUCUUACCUGAGUCACCCAAGUCAUGACAUCCUGGAAAAUUUGUUAAAAAUUUCCAAAAAUGAUGUGGAGAAUGAAAAGAUUCGUGAAUCAGUGGCCUUAUCAUUGGGUGCUUUAGUUCAUACUUUGUGUCUUCUUGGAAAGUGUGAUUCACAGAUCGUACAGGACACCAGUGACUGGUUCAAGGAAGCUCUUGAUAAGUAUGAGGAGGAUACCGACAAAGUAAUCUUUCUAAGAGCAAUGUCUAAUUCUAAAUUAUCGGAUCAUGUACCGUUGAUAGCUAAUUAUGCUGUACAUGGUAAAAGUAGCAAAGUUCAUGUUGCGGCUCUGGAGUCGCUGAAAAUGUUUGAUGGUUCUGUUUUAACAGCCCCAGAGGUGCGACAAUCAUUGAAUGAAAUUUAUCACCAAAAUCAUCGAAAGUAUGAAAGUGCUGCCCGUAGCAAUGCUGCCGGUCUCAUACUUAACAACAACCCAUCUCAACAAGAAAUCACCAAUCUUGUACUAUCGCUUACUGAUCAAGAUAAUUUGGAACUUACCGCUUUCAUGCAGCGAAAAAUAAAAGAUGUUCUUAAAAAUAAUGUCAAACUUAGACGAAGUUUAGAAGAUGAUAUCAUGAAGGAUCCCAAGAAUUUUCAAUUAUGAUAUGUGGCAAGAAGUGGAAUGUCAAUCAGUUUUAGUAACACUAUGGCAGACACUGGAGAUGUUUUAUCUACCUAUGCCUUGGAUAUGCUGAUGAGUAAAUCUGGAAUUUUGAGACAAAGUUAUAUGGAUGUAUUGAUGGAUACCGACAAUGACACAGCAACUAUUGUCUCGGUUGGUAUCUUUGCAACUGGGUUAGAUAGUUUCUUAGGAGAAGCUGAGGAAGCUGAUGACAAUGAUGCAGCAUCUGGGCUAGGAUUGAAUAUCAUGGAUGUUAUGGUUAGGCCAUUUCACUUCUUUAAUGGAUACAGUGAAAUGAUGGGAAUGAUGUGGAGUAUGACUGCAGAUAAUAUCAUCACUGCAUUGGCCGGUACUAUUCUUUUGCAUGACCAUUCUCAG